CCAUAGACUCCGCGAAGAAGAAAACCAGCGCGGAAGAAGAAGUACUGUACGGUGGCCUCUUGGGUCAUCGAAAAAUAAACCCAGUUUAUGUAAUAGUUGCCAGUGAAACAGCAGCCGUGCCCCGCCGCGCCCCCACCCCCAGCGGAGCCGUCAUGUGGCAGGAGGCCCGCAAACACGAGCGCAAGCUCCGUGGCAUGAUGGUUGACUACAAACGGCGAGGCGAGCGUCGCCGAGAGUACUACGAGAAGAUAAAAAAAGACCCAGCCCAGUUCCUUCAGGUUCAUGGACGAGCCUACAAGAUUCACCUGGAUCCGGCUGUGGCUGUGGCUGCAGAGUCUCCUAUCAACAUGAUGCCCUGGCAAGGAGACGCCAACAACAUGAUUGACAGGUUUGAUGUGAGGGCUCAUCUGGACUAUAUCCCCACCUACACGCCUGCGCUGCUUAGCACCAUAACUCCAGAGCAGGAGAUGGAGGAGAGGAGGUGCAAUUAUGAGCGCUACAGAGGCCUGGUGCAGAACGACUUUGCCAACAUCUCCGAGGAACAGUGUUUGUACCAGAUUUACGUGGAUGAGCUCUACGGUGGUCUACAGAAACCAAAUGAGGACGAAAAGAAAAAGUUGGCUGAGAAAAAGGUUGCCAUUGGUUAUACGUAUGAGGACAGCACCGUGACAGAACCUGACCCAGCAUCUGACAAAGACGACGACAAUUCGGAGAACAGCGAGUCCGAAGAGGAUGAGGUUAUCCCAGAUAUCGACGUGGAGGUUGACAUUGACGAGCUGAACCACGAGCAGGAAAUGGAGCUCAACAAAACUGCCACUCCCUACGGAAUGGCUGAAGGAGACUUUGUCAGGAUGUUGAGGAAGGACAAAGAGGAGGUUGAGGCCAUCAAGCAUGCCAAGGCGCUGGAGGCAGAGAAAGCCAUGUACUCGGGCCGCCGUUCUCGCCGACAAAGGAGAGAGUUUAGAGAGAAAAGGCUAAAAGGUCGACAGAUCAGCCCGCCAAGCUACGCAAGGAGAGACAGCCCCACAUACGAUCCUUACAAACGGCCGCAGUCAGAAUCCAGCUCCGAGUCGCGCUCACGCUCUCGGACACCCGGUCCAGAGAAGAUCACCUUCAUCACCAGCUUCGGAGGCAGCGAUGACGAAACGGCAGCAGCAGCAGCAUCACAAGCCGGCGCCCCCCACGCCUCCUCCAAUGCGCAGCACCCUGCAGGUCAUAGCAGGGGCUCCCGGAGACGAAGGUCCUCAUCCAGUCGUUCUCCUUCGUACUCCUCAUCCCGCUCUUCAUCACCGUCCUCCUCAUCCUCCCGUUCACGCCGCAACCGACGAGGACGGUGGGGAAGGGACGGCCGUCGUUCCCAUUCCCGCUUGAGACGAUAUUCCCGCUCCUACUCACGUGACAGGGGAGGGUCCCGCAGGAGACGCGACCGAUCGAGAUCGCGAUCCAACGACCGUGAUAGAGAGCGGGCGAGAGACAGGGAGAGGAGACGAUAUACUUCAAGGAGACGAACAAGAUCCCGCUCCAGCUCACGGCAGGGGGGCUCCUCACGGCGAAGCGUCCGGAGCAGUGGCGGUCAUCGGCGGGGCGAGAGCGACAGCCGCAGUCCCUCGCCAUCCCCCAGCCGCCUCAACCACAGCCCUUCCCCUGAGCACAGAGGACCCCCUGAUCCUUCAAAAGCAAUUACCGACAAACUAAGAAAGCCUGAAACAGCGGGUGGUAAAAAGACGGGAGCUGCCAAAUCCAAGUUGACGCCACAGGAGAAGCUCAAGCUACGUAUGCAGAAGGCCCUCAACAAGCAGUCCAAGGCGGAUAAGAAAGCAGCCCAGGUGAAGAUCCAACAACAGGAGCAUAAACGACAGGAGCGAGAGGGAGAACUGCGAGCCAUGGCACGCAAGAUACGCAUGAAGGAGCGUGAGCGGCGCGAGAAAGAGCGCGAUGAAUGGGAGCGACAGUACGGCCGGCAGAGCCACUCGCCCUCUCCCUCCAAAUAUGGCCGAGAUUCCAGCUCAUCCAGAAGGAGGUCACGCUCUCGUUCUCGAUCCCGUUCCCGCUCUCGUUCCCGCUCUCGCUCCAGGAGUCCGUACAGCCGAUACUGACCGGACGUGUUGAAGUCAUCCAAGAGUCAUUGUUGGAAAUUGUUGAACAAUAAAGCAGGACCCCAGGACAGGGUGGUAAAGUUGUUGACAAACACAUCUACACCUCAAACAAGUACGUUCUCUUGCCAACUCUGACCUCUUUGCUAAUUCCUCUGUUCAUUUUGUUUUUGCCGUCAACCGCUGCAGGGUUAUUAAACUGGUUUGUGUGUUUUUGACCUCUG